AUGCAAUCCUCCACAUUCACCAUCGCCGCCGAGCCUAGCACGGACAUUUGGAAGAAACCCCCUUCGCACAACGUCUUUAACGCCCCCUUCCGCGCCCACUCCAAGCGCCCAACAUCGUCCUUCCUCUCCGCAACCCUGACCUUCUCCGCCCUCUACACGCUGCAGUACGAUCAAGCCGGCAUCCUCCUCAUCUUCACCAACAAGCACGAACCCUCGGCCCGCAAGUGGAUCAAGGCCGGCAUCGAGCUCUUCGACGGCCUUCCCCGGCUCAGCACCGUCUGCUGCGACGCCUGGGCCGACUGGAGCGUCGCCCCUGCCCCAGACGAGAGCGCCGUCGCCGCCGGCCGUCGCCCCGUUACCCUGCGCAUCGAGACGCACCGUGGGUCCAGCGGGACCUCGCUCUGGGUAUACCACGUCGACGAUGCUGGCAGCCAAGCGAAGAAGAACCCCAUGCGUGAGGUUUGCUGGCCCUUUGGCGAGUCUGCGUCCGACGGGUGGGAGCUCGAAGUGGCAGCCGCCGUUGCUCGCCCGGCCAAGGAUGCAAAGGACAAGCUCGAGGCCAGGUUUGACGGCUUUGACGUCCAGUGGGAAUGA